CUACGGCCCGCGGGCCACAUCCGGCCCACGGGACCGUUUAAUCCGGCCCGCCAACCCUGAACAAAUUGUAUUAAACGUUUUUUUUUUGGUCAUUUUGCCUGCAAUGACUGCGUUUUCCCAGUAGAUGGCGAAGCGCUCGCCUGCGCAUUUACUACCGGAAGCCGUGUCAGAAAGCUCGGUGCACACUCACAAGUGCGUGUACGUACUCCGUAGUACGGACUUGGCGCACUCUCGCUCUAUUCGUAUCAGUCCCGAAUUUAGAGCGUGGGUUUUGACGACAGCAUUCUUAUAAUUCGCGCGCUGAGCUUUCAGAUGCAGUUUUGCGCUAAAGCCACCCACAAACCUUCCCCUGGAAUCCUUCCAUUAAAAUGAGUGGCCCGAAAAAAAGAAGUGAGUGCCGAAUGUUAAAAAAGAGUGGACAAUUUGGCUCGACGUACGCGACGUGACGUUCAGCCACAUCAACAUCAACCCGUCACAGAUCAAGUUUCUGUUUCAGCCCGCGGUCAUGCGCUUGCGCCAAGGGCUGGUCGACAGCCAUGUGGAACGGCCUCUCUGAACCACUUGCGGCUGCCGGUCGCUCUACAACCGAGCCUUGGCUCCUCCCCGGAUGCAGUUCUGUCUUUGACAGCCUCGUCAGUAACGUUUCUCCAAUCUCGAUGUCUCCGGCGGCGCUCAGCCCGCGAGGUGGGGAGAGAUAUGCCGGUGGCAAGCCACGCAGGACAUCAAUCUUGGAGCGUUGUAUCCUUAAAGCGUCCACCAGUAGCGUCGCUGUGGAGACAGAAGAUCUGGACAAGAGCAGGGCUCCGCUCAGCCGCUGCUACCCUCGCCUGCCGGAGCCAAACAACACGGAGACCAAUGCCGCCGUUCUCAAGCGCAGACAGAAGCAGAUUCUGUAUGGCAAGAACACAAGCGGCUACCAGAACUACCUGCGGCAAGUGCCCAAACAUUCGAGAGACCUGAAACUCCACCCGUCCACCCCCAACAAGUAUAGGAAGUACAGCAGGCGCUCGUGGGACACGCAAGUUCGUCUGUGGCGCCGAGCGCUGCACCAGUGGGACCCUCCCGGCGAUGGCGCAACGCUCGCCUGCGACCCGGUUGAGCAACUGCAGAACCAACUGGAAAAAAUGACCUCGGACUCGUGCGGCGAUGGAGGAGACAAGCGGAGAGAGAAGGAGACCCUGGCGGCCUCCUCUGCGCCCCCCCUGUCAGCCGACAUGUCGCCUCCCACCGCCCGCAAUGUUCCGCUCUCGCCGGAGCCCGAGCGUAGUCGUCCACCUCGCUCUCCUCCCGGCCUCAGCUGCUUCUUCGGGAUCCGGCUGACCGAAAACAACGUGGCCGACUGGCUCCAACUCCAGCUGGAGGACGACCGUUCGGGAGGCGAUUUCAGCGCCGAUGAUCAACGGGUCCCCGUGGUGUUGGACCAGUUCCUAUGGAACCGCUACUGAACGUCCCUCGCUGCGACGAGCCUGGUUCGCUUGACGCUGAGCAAGUUCAUCAUCCAGAUGGCCCAGUGAUAGACUUGAAUCUGUGUAUGAGUGUGUCUGUUUUUCUCUGAUACAUUUGUCUUUUUAAGGGCACUGAUGAUUUAGAGGGGAGGGGGCCUGCGCUAUUGGGUCCUUGGGCCUUUUUGCCCUUCAGUGUCGGAGGCAACAGGUGAUGGAUCCCGGUGUUUAACAGACAGAGGUUGACUUGGUGCUUUGACCCGAGCACUUUUCUUUUGUGUUUAUUGCACUUUGUCACUGGCGCCGUGUUCUCCGUGUACACAAAAAGCUGCUGAAGUUUGUCUUGAAAGUCACUCUUAUUUUGUUUUUGCUGUCACUUUCUGGCCUCUGUCGAGGCUGCCGUUUAAUUUGAUUCCGUCUUGGCCACGUUCACUUCUGUUCUGCAAAGGUUCUUUCACCUUUUUUUUUUUAUUUGUUACAUGACAUAUGCUGCUUUAAAUGUUAAAAGCGAAGCUGAAAUUAAUAAAGAUGUAAACAAAGUAUCAAAUUAAAUGCAGUUUUUUCAUGUAAAAA